GCUCGACGGCCUCUGUCCUUCACGAGACCACGUCUUCCGAGUUCCUACCCGCCUGACCACCUCCACGCUGCGGUGCCGCCACACGACCACCGGACCACGCCUGCACCCUUCGCAGUUCGCCCAGUUCGGAAUGGAUUCUUCAAACCUUCCACCGCUUCUAGAAGAACCCUCUGAGGGAAUCCAACAUCAUGAUGCUACCGCAGAUGACAAAGUCCCAUCCGCUUUCUCUUCCGUUCCAGCUCGUCCUCCCUCUCAGUCUUCCUCACAAAAAUUUGAACUUUUAGAUUGGUCUGACUACUUUGACAGGGAAGAGGACAUACAAAUCUCAGACUCCAAUGAUGUCUUUCAUGUGUACUUGGCAGGGACUGAAGGGCCAGUUGUUUUCUGCUUACAUGGCGGCGGCUAUUCUGGACUAUCGUUUUCAUUAGCUGCAAGAAAGAUUAAGGAGAAAUGUAAGGUAGUAGCCAUGGACUUGAGGGGACACGGGAAGUCAUCCACAGAGAAUGAAGUUGAUUUAUCUAUUGAGACAUUAUGUAGUGACGUGGUGGCUGUUUGUAAGAUGAUGUAUGGAGAUUCUCCACCUGCAAUUGUGCUGGUUGGCCACAGUAUGGGAGGUGCCAUUGCUGUUCAUGUUGCUGCAAAAAAAGCUCUAUCUACUUUGGCUGGGCUAAUUGUUGUGGAUGUUGUUGAGGGGACAGCAAUGGCCUCGUUGAUUCAUAUGCAGAAGAUCUUAUCAAACAGAAUGCAGCAUUUCUCAACCCUUGAAAAAGCGAUUGAAUGGAGUGUGAAAGGUGGCACCCUAAGAAAUAUCGACUCUGCUCGCAUAUCAGUGCCUAGCACAUUGAUAUAUGAUGAUUCAAAGAAAUGUUACACAUAUCGAGCAAGACUAGAAGAAACUGAACAAUACUGGAGAGGCUGGUAUGAAGGUCUCUCUGAUGUUUUUUUGUCAAGUCCUGUACCUAAGCUCUUGCUUUUAGCUGGGACAGACAGAUUGGACAGGAUUUGGAUUCGGGGAGGAUGAUUGGCAGUGCUAAGCAAAGUGGUGGACUCUAUCUUCUGGAACAUUCACCACAUUUACCAAAUUCUACCAACAAGACAACUUCCAAUCUCUUACAAUAGGUCAAAUGCAAGGGAAGUUUCAAAUGGUGGUUGUCCGACAUACAGGCCAUGCUAUACAGGAAGAUGCACCUGACGAAUUUGCCGACUUGAUACUUAAUUUUAUUUCUCGCAAUCGGAUAGGCCAGCAGGGAGUUGAGAUACCAGGCAUUCGAAGCUGGUCGAGAAAGCAAAACCUUGAAAUCUGAAAUCAUAUACAUAAACAGGAUUACAGUCGCUUCUUGAAGUACGAUAUAGUUUGCUCAGGAUAACAUUCCAUUAUUUGGAAGCUCUGAAGAUCCCAUAUACGUUUUUGUAAAUUGGAACAUCUCCACUUCUAGCAAUCCUUUUCACGGUUAUAAGUGAACGAGUUAAUUACCUAAGUAGGAGUUCAAAAAGUUCUCAUAGGAGUUCAAUGUUUAAUUUGAGUAAAAGGGGAGGAGCCAAGGGGGUUAGAGUGGUUAGCCGACCCCGCUUUAAGUUUAAGAACGUAGAGCUCUGAGAUACCUUGGAUUUGAUAUAUUAUGGGUCCCGUAACUCAUUACGAGUAAAAAGUUACUACUUCUGGAUUGUAUUCUUAAAUUUAAAAAUAAAACACCUUAUUCAGUCAUUAGUUGUGCGAAAAUUCUGAUACAUUACAUAUAUAUCAAUACAUUAACCGAAAAAUGCUCAUUAAACUACCAUUUAUCUCAGCUACAUAUGAAACAUUUAACUCAAAUAUUGUAUAAUAAUUAUCCAUCAUUUUGAUACUGUAUAUUAUUAAAUGCCGACC